AUAAAUUCCUUCCCAUUGCUGUCGCCACCUGGCGUCCGCCGGCAGUGCAGGUAGCAAGACCGGCAACCUGAUUCAUGAGAGGGGGCCAGUGUAUUGCAUUUACAGCUGAGUCGACGUCGAAGUCGAAGGCGAGACGCCGCGACUUCGCAAUGUCGGCGAUGUCGUAAUGAGCACGUGACGGGAGGAGCCCUAGGUCAGGGUUAGGAUAGCGAGUCAUCGCACACCAGUCUCUGAAGGCCACACUCUGGCACCGCUUCCACCAUGCCACAAGACGGCCCAGUUGAAGUCGUUAUCCUCGGCGCAGGCGUGAUCGGCCUCACUGUCGCCUACACCCUCUUGACCACCUCUCCCAAUGCAUACAAAAUCAAGAUCGUCGCAAGAGACAUGCCUGACGAUUUGAGCUCGCAGGCGUUCGCGAGUCCUUGGGCGGGGGCGAACUGGUCGCCGAUGAGAGGCUCCAACGACAGGACGCGGGUAUGGGAGCGGGCAACAAUCAACAAGAUGUGGGAAUUGACACCCCAAGGGUUGGCCAUGGAACUACCCUCCCGGGUGUUCUUCACGACGAACGAAGACCUCAGCCAAUUGUGGUACAAGGAUCUAGUCAAAGACUUCCGUGUCCUGGACCCGAGUGAAGUCCCCGCAGGCCUGCAAGGCGGCAUCGCGUUUAAGACCUUCUCCAUCAACCCGGAACUCUACCUUCCCUGGCUCCAAUCCGAGCUGCUCGCGCGGGGCGUGGAGUUCGUCCGCCGGAAGGUGCACAGCCUCGGCGAGGCAGCAGCGCUCGCGGGGCCGAACAGCGUCCUCGUGAACGCAACAGGCAUAGGCGCCCGCUCCCUGAUCGGCGUGGAAGACGCAGACGUACAUCCCAUCCGCGGGCAGACCAUCAUCGUGCACGCGCCCGGCCUCAAAGAGUUCGUCUCGCUCCCGCUCGGGGCGGGCAACCCCGGCGAGGCGACCUACAUCAUCCCACGGCCGUCCCCGCCUGGGGAGGUCCUGCUCGGCGGGACGUUCCAGCCGGACAACUGGGACACCUCGGUCGACGUCGCCACGGCGAAGGGCAUCCUGGAGCGGUGCGCGGCGCUGGCGCCGCAGCUGAAAGACGCGGAGACGCGUAUCCUGAGACACAAUGUUGGCUUGCGGCCGGCGAGGAAGGGCGGUCCGCGCGUGGAGGCGGCGUGGACGGACGUACCGCUGAAGAGCGAGCUGCUGCCGCUGCCGGAGAGCGAUGGGCGCGUGAACGGACGCGUGUUGCUUGUGCACGCGUAUGGAUUCGGAGCUGCGGGAUACCAGAACUCGUGGGGCGCCGCGCAAGAGGUGGCCGACUUGAUCGCAAGCAGCUUGAAGAACUGAGCGAGGUAGUAACAGUGAUGUAGCAGUAUGUAUGCAUAGGUGUAUGCUGAUGAGUAGAAGCAAGUCUUGAAGCUUGAAGCUUGAAGCUCAAGCGCGGCACUGUGACGCGUGCGUUGUACACAAGCGCCGUCUACCUCACGGUAACUGCCGUGGGCCCUCGCAUCGCUGUG